AUGUCAGAAAAAGUUGCUGUAGUUACUGGAGCUAACAAAGGACUCGGAUUUUCCAUGGUUAAGAAAUUAUGUGAAAAUUUUGAAGGUACAGUUUAUUUAACAUCGAGAGAUGAGAAAAGAGGUUAUGAAGCUUGUGAACAAUUAAGGAAAUUGGAUUUAAAACCACACUAUCAUCAAUUAGAUGUAACUGACAAUGAUAGUAUUGAAAAAUUCUGUUCCUUCAUUCGCUCUAAUCAUAAAAACAUUGAUAUGUUGAUCAACAACGCUGGCAUAUUAUUUCUUAAGGAUUGUCAAGAAUCUAAAGUCUACCAAGCUGAGCAAACAUUGUAUGUAAACUUUUUCGCUCUAGUUAAUUUUACUGAAACAGUUUUACCGCUGAUGAGUAAUCAUAGCACAAUACUGAAUAUAUCAAGUUCAUCAGGACAUCUAUCAAGAUUACCAUCGGAAGAACUCAGACAGAGAUUCCAAGAUCCAAAAUUAAAUUUAGAUGGAUUGAAAGUUUUAAUGAAUGAAUAUAUAGAUGCUGUAAAAUUAAAUAACGAUAUUGAUAGUUGGGGUUCAUCGCCGUACGUGGUAUCAAAAAUAGGUGUAAACGCGUACACGUUUAUGUUGAAUCGAAGUUUGAAGAGCAGGGAUAUAAAGGUGAAUUGCGUCCAUCCUGGCUACGUAAUGUCUGAUAUGACUCGCGGCGCCGGGUCAGUGACCCCUGAUCAAGCGGCACAGAUUUGUGUUGACCUUGCCCUUAACCCAGAGCAAGGAGGCUUGUAUGUGUGGCAUAAUGGAGCAAAAGUACAAUGGGAUGGUAAAGACCCUCGUAGUUAUAUUGACGGGAAACAAGUUUAA